UGCUCGCGAGUUCAGACUGCCCAGGUCUUUCCCCCGCCCGUAUCUCAAAAAGAGGGGCAUGGCAGCCCCCGGUGUCACCGCACUGCCCGCUCCCACUCUCCCCGCGUUCUCCCCUUCGUCUUCUUCCCCUCAAGAACAUCCGUCUCUUCACCUUUUUCUCCCCACGUUUAUCAUCUUCUCCCUCCAUUUCUUGAUUCUUUCUCCGUACGAUCUUCUGCUAGUAGCUUGCUUCGUGCGCUUGCUUGCACGGACAGACUUCUUGCUGCGGCUUGAAAGGGGAGAAAAGUGGAGCACGGGAUGGGUUCUUGCGCUUCGGUUCACAAGGACCCGGGGCUCCCCAGGAAGCUGUUUCUUGUGUCGCCCGCCAAGGCGAAGGCCGUGAACGGGAAGGGCGGCGGUGGCGUUGCUCCGGUUGGUGACGGCUUCGGUGAUCUCAAGUGCAAGGCCGAGGGGGAGCAGCGGCGGGCAGGGUUUGGCCCCAAGAGCCCGGAUUCUGGUAGCAAGGAUGAAAUGUUCUUUGAAUCUCGAGCCUGGUUAGAUUCUGACUGCGAGGAUGACUUUUACAGUGUGAAUGGAGAUUUCACUCCAUCUCGUGGUAGCACACCAAACUAUCAACCCAGAACGCAGACAGUGAUGACCAACGUCUUUCUACCGGAUAAACUGCCUAGUUCCAAAUCAUCCGAGCCUUCUCCAACUGGACGGAGGAAGCUAGCCGAGCUCCUGCAGCAGGCGAUGCAAAGCGACUCCGAAGAAAGCACCGAUAUCAGCAAGAAUGAGAAGCAGCAGUUGCAAUCUGUCACCGCAGCUGGGAAACCAGUGUCUGAAUCCAGCUCCGCUUGCAGUACAGAACUGACGCCGAUCACAGUAGCCAAGAGUCGGAAAACGAAGGCGUGGUACACUGGGCGCUGUUGCCUGCCGGGCUUUGUUCAUAGCCUAACCUUAGAUGAGAGUGAGAAGAGGCAGAAGAUGAGCCCUGGGCCCUGUGCUGUUUGACAUUGCUGCUCCAGUUCCUCCUGCUCUGAGCUGUGUUUAGUACAAUAUAUAUUACCCGAUCCGGCCCUGAAGUUACUGUAAAGAAGUGUAUUAAGAGUACUAUAUCCUUGUAAUAUUCAAGUGGAUAGUAGUUACUCUGAGAAUUGAAGUGCAAAUCCAUGUUAAUCAAUUUUAAGAGGAGAGCAUCUAGCUAAAGAAAUGCUCCUUAUCUGUGCAUAUCUUAAUGAAUCUUCAUGGAUAUAAAUAUUUUACACUUGUCAGCA